AUGUCCGCAGGUGUCGCUUCUCCGAAUGCCAAUGCCACCACCGGCAGCAGCCAGACUGGGCUCGACAACAGACCGACGAUGAGGGCUCUAGUGUAUACAGGACCAAACAAGCUCGACGUACUCGAUCGACCCAUGCCAGUCAUACAAGCCCCCACAGAUGCAAUUGUGAAGAUGCUCCACAGCACUAUCUGCGGUACCGACCUACACAUUCUGAAAGGCGACGUGCCAGCAAUUCCAUACGAUCGAGUUCUGGGCCAUGAAGGUGUAGGUAUGGUUGUAUCCGUCGGAUCCGCUAUUGAUGGGCUUUCGGUUGGCGACAAUGUCGUGAUUGCCGCAAUCACCGCGUGCAAAGUUUGCGCAUCCUGUCGAAAGGGGUUGGAAGCUCAUUGUCUAACUGGUGGCUGGCAGCUGGGUAAUAAGGUCGAUGGAACGCAGGCAGAAUAUGUCCGCAUCCCACACGCCACGUCUUCUUUGUAUAAGAUUCCCCAUGGUCUUGACCUAAGAGCCUGUGCUGCUAUCUCGGAUGCACUUCCCACGGGUUUGGAAUGCGGAACCGUUAGCGCUCAUGUACAACCGGCCAGCACAGUUGCAAUCAUUGGGGCCGGACCCGUGGGCUUAGCUGUUAUGCUGACUGCUAGGUUAUACACACCUUCUCAAAUCGUGAUGAUUGACUUGGACGAUACCCGCUUGGAACAUGCAAAGAAACUCGGUGCGGAUCAUGCCGUUAACCCAGGAAACCCGGAUGCGAUAGAAGCGCUGAAUGCACUCACGGAAGGGCAGGGUUUUGACUGUGUUAUUGAAGCUGUUGGGAUCCCGAAAACCUUUGAAAUGUGUCAAAAGCUAGUCGCGCCAGGAGGUUCCAUAGCUAAUGUGGGUGUUCAUGGGCACCCCGUGAAUUUGGACCUGCAUAAACUAUGGGAUCGCAAUAUCAGCAUCAAGAUGCAGUUGCUAAACGCCGUCAGUAUCCCAACCCUCCUUCGACUGUAUCAAUCGGGCCAUAUAAAACCUUCUAAUCUAUUCACUCACCAUUAUCCCUUUUCAGAGGUCCAUAAGGCAUAUCGUAGCUUCCAAAUGGCGUCCCAGGAAGGUGCUUUGAAGGUUGCAAUUGACUUCUAG